AAAAGUUUUGUAUAUAUCUUAUGACCUAAAAUAUUAAAUAACUUUAAACGUUUACUAUAUACUUGGUUUGGAAAUUCAUUGUUUUACAGAAAGUCAUAUAUUGCAUUUGCUUCAUAUAAAGGCUGUUUGAUGAUAAGUGUAGCAUUGUAGAAAGGAAACAUAACGCCGAAAAAUUUCAAUCUAAAAAGUACUCGAUUGAUUGUGCUAAGUAUUUUCAAGUUUCUGUAAUAAAAUGGCUUUAUCAAAAGUUGAGCUUGCUGCGUUGUUGGAAUGCAAGAUUUGUUUAGACACCUAUCAUGAGCCUAAACAACUGAACUGCGGGCACACUUAUUGUCAAGGUUGUCUAGAUGGUAUUUUAUUAUUUAUGGAAGAUGGGAGUGCUGAACUGUCUUGUCCAGUGAGGUGUACUAAAAAGACAACAAUUACUCACGAACAAACAACAUCCUCAUUAAUGAAAGUGUUUACAUUAACUGGCAUUUUGGACAAAGUCUCCCCUGGUGAAAAAGUUAAUUCUUUAUGUCAUCAAAGUAAAGACUGCAACCAGAUGAUCAACUAUUCCUGUACAAAAUGCAGUUUAAAGAUCUGUGAAAAAUGUCAAAACUUUCAUUCUUGUUCCAAAAAAUCAUAUAUCAAUGUCAUUUUCAAUCAAAAACUGCAAGAACUCCAACCAUUUUGUAAGCAACAUGACUCGCUUGCCAAAUUUGCCUGUAUCGAUUGUGAAAAUUUGUUAACAUGUGUUUAUUGCAAACACCGACAACAUAAGAAUCACAGAAUUAAAUCGAUAGAUGAUUUUGGCCUGGAAGCCAAAAAGUGGUUUCAGUCGUUUAUUACAUCAUUCAAUGAAACAAAAGUGGUGUUGGAAAAGUUAACAAGAAAAUACGGUGACGCUUUAACAAAUUUGGAGAAAGAAAGGGAAGUAUUUGUUCAAAAAUUAAAAGAAAGAAAGUUAAAACGACUAGACGAAUAUCUCAAAAUAAUAAAUAAAGAAGAAGAAGAUCUAUUGCGGAUAUUCGAUGAGAAGUCUGAAGAAUUUAAAGCAAAAUUGACUUGUGAUGGUUUUGUCGACAAUAAGAAAGUACAAGAAUUUACAGAUUACGUUCAAGCUUUUAAUUUAAAAUCUCAUUUUGAGUUAGUUACUGAAAAGUUGGAAAUUGAACGACAACUUCGCAGGCUAUCCUCGUUUCCAAGAACUAUCCCAACAUUCAAUUCACAUCUUCAUCAAAUGAACGAAGCAGAUAUUUUGUCAAAUCCAUUGGGCGAAAUAAAUAUUUCAAUAGAUGACGUCACCACUGUUGGUGUAGAUCUCAAUGAAUGUUCUGUUUAUAGAAACUUGAUUGAUGAAGUUGAAACUCAACCCAACUAUUCACAAUUAACAACUGAUCUAAUGAACUUAGUAGAAAGUCUGAAAAAGUACGAGAAACCAAUUGUAAAUCCUCGUUCUGGAAAACAACAACAGAAUGAUGUAAAGCCAAUAAGUUUCCAGCUUGCUAAGAAGCGUUACUCUUUUAAAGAACUUGAAGAAAUUAUUGAAAAUGGUGAUGUCAAGACAUUUCAAGCAAUUCUUAUUGAUCAUCCAAGUAUCGUUAAAAUGAGAGUUUAUGAAAGAACACUGUUGAUGAAAGCAGCACGUUGCAAUAAACCAUCAAUAGUGAAAUGUUUGAGUGAUGCUGGUAGCGAUGUGUAUGCUGUGGAUAAACGUAAAUGGAAUGCAUAUCACUGCAGUGCAUGUUAUGGUCAUCAUGAUGUUUUGAAAGUUUUAAUUAAUCAUGACAUCACAAACAUUAACAAUGUAAACAUUAACAAUGCCACACCAUUAUAUUUUGCAUCUGCUAAUAAUCAUAUUGAAUGUGUGAAGUUGUUGUUGUCUAUACCACACAUCGAUGUGAAUAUACGAGACAUUUACAAUAGCACACCAUUACAUCUUGCAUCUCGUGGUGGUCAUAUUGAAUGUGUGAAGUUGUUGUUGUCUAUACCACACAUCGAUGUGAAUAUACGAGACAUUUACAAUGCCACACCAUUGCAUUUUGCAUCUGCUUAUAAUCAUUUUGAAUGUGUGAAGUUGUUGUUGUCUAUACCACACAUCGAUGUCAAUAUACGAAACAUUAACAAUAACACACCAUUACAUUUUGCAUCUGCUUAUAAUCAUAUUGAAUGUGUGAAGUUGUUGUUGUCUAUACCACACAUCGAUGUCAAUAUACGAGACAAAUAGAACAAAACUGCUUAUGAUGAUACUCGUAAUAACACUAUCAAACGUUUAUUACAAAAACAUUAAAGAAAUUAAAAAAAUUUUCUGACAAUUAUACUUUUUAACUUACGUAAGCAAAUUAUUAAAAGCACAUAUCGUCUAUUUUAUUAGAACUAUAGGUUAUAGUAGAAUAGGUUUCUUAUUUAUUUCAUAAAUUUACGUUAACAAAUUUCAAAACAUGUCUUCUUAAGAAGAAGAAGGUAUAAUUCAUCAAAUUUAGUUGACUAACAGAAGUAAGUAAGAGAUGUUACCUCAGUAGUUUAAAAAAAUGAACGGUUUGCGGUUUGUUUCAGAAUUAACCCUGAGAAAAACGUUUCAAACAGAAUUUGUUUUAAGAGACACCACUGGCUCUUUCUGGACUUAUCGCCAAAAAUUUAAUUUAAACACCCUAGGGUUUGCCGUUAUGUGUUAUAUGUUUUGUUAAGUAUUGUUUUAUAUAUCCUCGGUGUAUUAUGUAGUUGUUGAAAAUUAUAUUUAAAAUCUUUUUUUUUUUAAUCAAGUACGUAAGAAGCACUAAACAAGUUUUCUUGACUUGUAUAUAUCGCAAAUAUAUGAUACUCGUCACUUUAUAA